UAUUGUUUAUCGGGCCACCCAACCCUUCCCUGCAAUGUGCUGAAGUUCAAAUCCACCACCAUCAUGCUGGACUGUGGGCUUGACAUGACCUCGGCUUUGAAUUUCUUGCCGCUUUCUUUAGUGCACAGGUAGGGAGUGUGCCACACAGCACGACAGGUCAUAUUGCUUUACACAUUGUUCAGCCGUCUCAGCUAUUCUUGUUUUACAAAUGUUCUUUAUAUGUUUUAGUAGUGCCAUACUGACUCUCUUUUCCAGACUGAUGGAAUUUAUACUGAACUAUAACAACUGAUUUCAAAGCAAAUUAACUUCAGUCAUAAUGCCAUGCAUUCUUUUGUUACGGUCUAUAUUCCUAGGCCAGUGUGCACGUGACUGAUGCCCUCCAGCUUCAUUAUUAUUAUUGUUAGGAUUAAUAAUUAUUAUAAAAAAUCCCAUAUAUCCAUAUUAGUGGUCCCGUAUGGCUAUCUUGGUUUGCUUGUGUAAUGUGUGUGUGUCACUUUAAAAAUGUAUUUGUGCUCUGGAGCUUCACCCUGGAAACAGUAACCGGGGGUGAUGCUGGUUGCACAAGAGGCGGGGAUUCCUCACGGCGUGAAAAAAGGAGAUGAAGCGAGGACCAAACCGGGAGACAAACAGAGUCUGAGCCUUUGAAACCAGAACACAAGUUACUCAAGACCAAGAGCGCUGAGACACCGCAAAGCGGAGUAACCGAGCGAUUAUUUCCACACACGCACACACCCACACAAAAAGAGUGUUUUUACCGAGAUAGCUGCGGAGCUUUAUGAAAAUAAUCAAACUUGGACAUUACAACGACGAUGGCUUGGGCUCUCCCCUGCGGACGCCGAAGCAAUAGAACUCCACGCCCAGCACCCCGCUUGCCGUCCUGGCGAUAAGGAACUGCUCAUUGCGCAUCCAGCCAAGAUAGCCAUUAUUGGUAUAAGUGACUGGUCACUGUGAUGUUCACAGCAACUACGGGUGAUGCAGAGAAGUUUAUUAUCAACCCUAGACUGAUAUCAAUGAGCAGGAACCAUUUUCGGUAAACUGCGUGUUUAUUUACAUUAUUUAUUUUUCCUCUGUCCUCCAUAGCUGCGUGUGGAACACUCUGGUGUUAGUAAUCUCAUGGAUGGCAAAUAAUAAUUUGGCCAGCAUCUGUAGCAGAAUUAACAUACGAAUGGUACCUGCUGAACACAGACAUGCAAGAGAGUACAUAAUUCCUUCAUUAGUAGCUCAAGUAUCAAGGAAUUUAGGUAUAUACAUUUUUCACUGUUCUGUUUGCAGUCCAAGAUUAUCAAAACUCCCAGGAUGGGUGUCCAAAGAUGGCACUGUUAACUUGGAAAAAGAGCUGAAGGAAUGUGCAGGCCGGCUGUUUGUGGAUUCUUUGCCCGAAUUCUGUCUUCCAGAGAGAGAACUGCUGGAUUUAUCCACCAUCGAUGUCAUCCUUAUCUCCAAUUACCACUGUAUGAUGGCACUGCCCUACAUCACAGAACACACAGGCUUCACUGGGACCAUCUAUGCCACAGAACCCACACUGCAGAUUGGCAGGCUGUUGAUGGAGGAGUUGGUGAACUUCAUGGAAAGGGUUCCUAAGGCACAAACUACCACCUGCUGGAAGAAUAAGGACAUUCAAAGGCUUCUCCCAGGCCCCUUGAAGGAGGUUGUGGAUGUGUGGACUUGGAAGAAGUGCUACAGCUUGCAGGAGGUCAACUCUGCUCUCAGCAAGGUCCAGCUAGUGGGCUAUUCUCAGAAAGUGGAACUUUUUGGUGCGGUGCAGGUGACACCCUUGAGUUCUGGAUACUCAUUGGGCAGCUCAAACUGGAUCAUCCAGUCGCAUUAUGAGAAGGUGUCGUACGUGUCUGGUUCUUCGCUCCUCACGACACAUCCUCAGCCCAUGGACCAGAGCUCGUUGAAGAACAGUGACGUCCUCAUCCUGACGGGCCUGACACAGAUUCCCACUGCCAACCCAGACGGCAUGCUGGGAGAGUUCUGCAGUAACCUGGCCAUGACGAUCCGUGCUGGGGGCAAUGUGCUGGUGCCCUGCUAUUCCUCAGGGGUGAUCUAUGACCUGCUGGAGUGUUUGCACCAAUUCAUUGACUCUGCCAACCUGGGCACAACACCCUUCUACUUCAUCUCGCCUGUUGCCAACAGCUCCCUGGAGUUCUCACAGAUCUUUGCAGAGUGGCUUUGCCAGAAUAAGCAGUCCAAGGUCUACCUCCCUGAGCCACCCUUUCCCCACGCAGAGCUGAUCCAAACCAACAAAUUGAAGCACUACCCCAGUAUCAAUGGCGAUUUCAGCAAUGACUUCCGUCAGCCCUGUGUGGUGUUCACUGGCCACCCCUCCCUGCGGUUUGGGGAUGUGGUGCACUUCAUGGAGCUGUGGGGCAAGUCCAGUCUCAACACCAUCAUCUUUACCGAGCCGGACUUCUCCUAUCUGGAUGCCCUGGCUGCCUACCAGCCCUUGGCCAUGAAGUGUGUGUACUGCCCCAUAGACACCCGGCUCAAUUUCCACCAGGUCUCUAAACUUCUUAAAGAAGUUCAGCCACUGCAUGUGGUGUGUCCAGAGCAGUACACACAGCCCCCCCUAUCUCAGGGUCACCGCUCAGACCUGAUGCUGGAGCUGCAGCCGCCUCCUGUGCCUUACCGCCGCUGCGCUGUCCUGGGACUGCCCUUCCGCCGCCGCUAUGAGCGCAUUCAGCUGCUGCCCGAGCUUGCCAAAUCUCUGGUCCCCUCCGAGGUCAAACCUGGCAUAUCUGUGGCAACAGUCUCCGCAGUCCUGCAGUCGAAGGACAACAAGCACAUGUUGCAGCCUGCCCCCAAGCCCGCCACUGCCCCACCCAGUAAGAAGCGCAAACGUAUGGUGGAGGAGCCCCCUGAGGUACUGACCCCAAAACCACUACUGAGUGGAGCUGUGCCAUUGGAGCUCUUCCUGGCUACACUGAGCAAGCAUGGCAUCACAGAGGUGAAGGUGGAGGACACGGCAGAUGGACACAUCUUGCACCUGCAGGCAGAGGACACACUGAUCCAGCUGGAGGAGGAUGGGACACACAUUGUUUGUGACAACAAUGAGUCACUGCGCACUGUCCUGAGGGACCUGGUGCUGCACUUCUUGCAGAAACUGUGAGCUCCAAAACCUUCCCAACCACUCUGGCAACUGCAUAAGACAUACACUUAGGCCCCAUAAAACCUCCACCCCUAAAUUAAGUACCAUAAAUUUUACCAUCUAGUUCCCCCUCUUUUCACCAGAUUACAGUGCUGUGAACUCCAGCCCUUAAUAACUGCUGGAUACUUCCAUAAUCACUUUGACUAGGGAGCUAUAAACUCUGAAGUAGAGCUGUGGCUGACAAUUUCACAUCUCUCCCAGCCACUCCAGAGGCUUUCACAGAUAUGCCAAUGCUGGUCAGACAGGUACAGCAAGGGUGACACGCGACCAUCACAAAGCCAGCCCGGCUGGUGGGCAUACUUUUGAGGGUUUAAUGCAUAUUCGGUGACUACGUUUUUGUGUUUUUGCUUUUAAAGUUUAUUCAGAAAAAGGGUCAUUACUAUUAAAAUUUUAUAUGGUAUUAGUGCUGAGAUCUGAAAAUAAAGGUUCCAGAGAAAAGCUA